GAUGAUGCAAUGUCAUAAUAAAACCCCGUGUAGUCAAGAACUUUAAUAAAAAAGUAAAAGUUUUUUCACAUUUUCUUUUACUAUAGAAACAAUGGCUGAUGAAGGUCAAACCGUAUCCCAAAAUGGGGUUGAAGAGCCCGUAAAAACCGCAAAACAACUUGAGAAAGAAGCCAAAAAACAGGCUAAACUAGACAAACUCAAGCAGAAAUUAGAAAAACAACAGAACACUGCACCCAAAAAAGAGGCUGAGAAAAAAGAAAAGAAAAAGGAGGUUAAAGGAGCAGCAACCUAUGACAUUAUUACUCGGGAAGGCUCCAAGAAAGAUGUCAGCCAAGGGUUACCUGACUCUUACAGCCCCAAGUAUGUUGAGGCUGCAUGGUAUAGUUGGUGGGAGAAACAAGGAUUUUUUAAGCCAGAAUAUGGGCGAAAAACCUUGGAUCCUUCCAAAAAAUUCGUCAUCGUAAUUCCACCCCCUAACGUGACUGGUUCGUUACAUUUAGGGCACGCUCUUACCAAUUCUAUCCAGGAUUCCAUUGUGCGAUGGAGACGCAUGAGCGGUUUUAUGACCCUCUGGAACCCUGGCUGCGAUCAUGCAGGCAUCGCCACGCAAGUGGUAGUGGAAAAGAAACUGUGGCGCGAAGAGAAGAAAACGCGCCACGAUAUAGGAAGGGAGAAUUUUGUUAAAAAAGUGUGGGAAUGGAAGGACGAGAAAGGUGUUAGGAUAUACCAUCAACUGAAAAAGCUUGGCUCUUCAUUUGAUUGGGACAGAGCAGCGUUUACGAUGGAUCCUAAAAUGUGCAAGGCCGUUACUGAAGCAUUUAUAAGACUUCAAGAGGAUGGCACGAUUUAUCGCUCUAACAGAUUGGUUAAUUGGUCAUGCACCUUGAAAUCUGCUAUUUCCGAUAUUGAAGUGGAUAAAGUUGAACUACCUGGUAGAACUCUGUUAUCUGUACCCGGAUAUGAAGAAAAAAUCGAGUUUGGUGUAUUGGUACAUUUUGCUUAUGAAGUUGAAGGUACCGGUGAAAAAUUGGUGGUGGCCACAACAAGAGUGGAAACCAUGCUGGGCGAUACUGCGAUCGCUGUGCAUCCUAACGAUGAAAGAUACAAGCAUUUGCAUGGAAAGUUUGUCACUCACCCAUUUUGCGAAAGAAAGCUGCCGAUUAUAACUGACGACUUUGUGGAAUUAGAUUUUGGCACCGGAGUUGUAAAAAUUACACCCGCACAUGAUCCCAACGACUACGAAGUCGGAAAGAGGCACAAUUUACCAUUUAUUACAAUUUUCAAUGACGAAGGUUAUGUUAUUGGAGAUUAUGGAAAAUUUACUGGUAUGAAACGCUUCCACGUGAGAAAACAGAUAGUGGAGGAUCUUAAGGAAAAGGGUCUUUAUGUAGAAACCAAAAAUAACCCAAUGGUGGUACCUAUUUGUUCUCGAAGCAAAGACGUAGUGGAACCCAUGCUAAAGCCACAAUGGUACGUUAGCUGCACCGAUAUGGCUUUAAAUGCCAUAAAAGCGGUUGAAAGUAAGGAAUUGAGAAUUAUUCCGGAACAACAUGUCAAAACGUGGUACCACUGGAUGGAAGGAAUUCGCGACUGGUGCAUUUCACGGCAAUUGUGGUGGGGACACCGCAUUCCUGCUUAUUUUAUUAGUUUAAAAAGCGGAAAGCCUGUAUCUGAGGUCGAAGAACAGAAUUGGAUAUCCGCCCACAGUGAAUCGGAGGCGUUAGCUAAGGCUUCAAAGAAAUUUAAUCUAGACCCAUCGGAAAUCGUCCUAAAGCAGGAUGAAGAUGUGUUGGACACCUGGUUCUCCUCGGCCCUUUUCCCGUUUUCGAUCUUCGGCUGGCCCGACGAUAAUCAGGAAUUAAACGUGUUUUAUCCAACAAGUUUGUUGGAGACCGGUCACGAUAUUUUGUUCUUUUGGGUGGCCAGAAUGGUGUUUAUGGGACAAAAGCUACUUGGAAAGUUACCCUUUAAAGAUGUCUAUCUUCACCCGAUCAUCCGAGACGCCCACGGACGUAAAAUGUCCAAAUCUUUAGGAAACGUGAUCGAUCCGAUGGACGUGAUUUCGGGAAUAAGUCUAGAGGAUUUACAUAAGCAGCUAUACGACUCGAACCUGGACCCUAAAGAAAUCGACAGGGCCAAGGCGGGUCAAAAACAAGAUUAUCCCGAAGGAAUCCCGGAAUGCGGCACCGACGCCUUAAGAUUCGCCCUUUGCGCCAUGUGUAGCGGCAGGGACAUCAAUUUGGAUAUUUUAAGAAUUCAGGGUUACAGAUUUUUCUGUAAUAAAAUAUGGAACGCGACCCGCUUCGCCCUGACGUAUUUCGCGUCGGACUUUGUGGCUCCAGAGAACCUGGAUUUGGCAGGUACAGAAAGCCAAAUGGACCUGUGGAUGCUUUCCAGGGCCGGAUCGGCAGUUAAGAACGUAAAUAACGGAUUCGAGAACUACGAUUUCGUUCUGGCUACCACUGCGAUUUAUAAUUUGUGGCUAUACGAUCUUUGCGACGUCUAUUUGGAAUAUCUUAAGCCGGUGUUCUUCGGCUCAGAUGAAACGGCUAAAAAAGCGGCAAUGGUAACGCUUUAUAGGGCUCUGCAUAUCGGUCUUCGACUUCUAUCUCCCUUUAUGCCGUUCAUUACUGAGGAGCUGUACCAAAGACUGCCGAGACCGAAGAAAGUUGCAGAAGAAAUUCCAAGUAUACACGUGGAACACUUUCCCAAGGAGGAGGAGACUUACUUCAAUGCGGAGGUGGAGCGGGACGUUGACUUUAUCCAGAAAGUCGCCAAGGCCAUUCGGUCCGCUAGGAGCGAUUAUAAUUUGCCAAAUAAAACGAAAACGGAAGCUUACCUGCAUACACCUGAUAUCCCAACGUCGGCGACCCUCAAAAAAUACUCUUCAGCUUUAGAAACUUUGGCGUACUGCUCCAAAACUCCGGUAAACGAACCAUCUCCUGAAGGUUGCACCAUUUUAACCGUCUCGGAUAAGUGCGAGGUUCAUUUGCUACUCAAGGGGCUUAUUGAACCGGCCAAGGAAAUCCAGAAAAUCCAGAAAAAAGUGGAAUUCUUACAAACAACUCAAAAAAAAUUAGAACAGGCUAUGGCGGUGGCAGAUUAUGCCACAAAGGUACCCGCUGAAGUACAACUGUCUAAUUCGGAAAAAUUAACUCAAACUACCACGGAAUUAGCCAGAUUAGAUACCGCACUAAAAGCUCUUAAAUUAAUGUAACUUAAUAAUAGGAAAUUGUUUUGUUGCACUCCUAAAAUGGCCAGAUAUGCUUCAAUAUUACUUAUACUUUAAGAUCAGCAAGUAUUACAUAACAAUAUUUAUUAUAUGAAACUUAAUGAUUUAAAAAAUAUAUUGUUUUUUUCUAAUUUA